AUGGAUAAUAUGAGCGACUCUUAUGACAGUACUGCCACCAUGCCUACCGGUCGAUCUCAACGUGUGGAAAGUAUUGAAGAAUUGGAACAACGAUUAAGAGCUGAACAACAACAGUCAAUUGCUUCUAUGAGAGAAGAGAUGAUGACACAGCUCAGGGCAGAACUCUCUAGCGGGAUACCAGGACAAUCAAACCAGCAACAGUUUCAGCAACAACCAUUUCAGCAGCAACCAUUUCAGCAUCAACCAUUUCAGCAGCAGCAAUUUCAGCAACAACCAUUUCAGCAGCAGCAGCAGCAACAACUUCAGCAGCAGUAUCAGCGUCCUAAUCAAUCACAACGUCUGCAAAAUUCCAACAAUUUCAAUUAUAUGACAGGUGUGAACUAUGCAGUUCAACAGAUUCAGAGCGUUGGAAGGAACUCACAGUCGUCCUACCAACCAGCAAGUCUUCAUGAGGACCCGGCGGAAGAUGAGGGGUAUCGACCCGGUGAAGUUGAUUUGAACGUAUCCUCUGACCCGGAUGAGAAUUUCUUUACAGGUCUCCAAAAUGACCCUUUAUUGCAAGGGAUGCUUGGGCAGCAGGGGCUGGCAAUUCUUGGAGAAUUGGAAAUUCCCGGUUUCACAGUUCAUGAUUCCACUUCUAUGAAUCAAGGUGGCAUAAUAAGUCCACUUGUCCAUAGUGGUGGAAAUAGUCAAGGCAGAGGGGUAGGUUCUUCAUCUGAAAUGUCUAUGGGCGGCGGUAGGCCAAGCGCCGGAAGGGCAAGUGUGGGAAGGACAAGCGCCGGAAGGGCAAUCGUGGGAAGAGGAAGCGGUGGAAGAACAAGUGCCGGAAGAAGAGGAAGGGGAAACGGUCAAAAUGCAUAA